CCAAGUACGAAGGAGCGAACAGGGAAGAAGAUAAUUUCUUUGGUAGAACGUGCUGCACAGAGCAGUUUCUUCCAAAAGGCAGCCAAGUUCCCGAAAGUGGCUAAAUUAAUCGAGGAUGUGUCUUCCACUCCUCUCAUUCUGAAUGUUGAAGUGGAAAUGCUUGAGGGUCCAAUCACGAUAAACAUCCCACCACCUCCAUCUGAUCGGCUGUGGUAUGCUUUCCGACGACCACCCAUCGCUUCUAUUAAAGCUGUUCCUCAAGUUGGUGACCGGUCAGUUGAUAUGACUACUGUAUCGGACUGGAUCGAGUCAAAACUCCGCCUACUUAUCGAAAAGAAUCUUGUAUGCCCCAAUAUGGACGACAUCAUAUUGCCCGUAAUGUCUGGAAAUGAUCUUUUGCGCAAAGGUGCGUACAAUCACUGA